UAUAAAAAAGUAAUGAAAUCAGAGAUUGUUUUGAUAAAAAAAAAAUCAAAUUGUUUCGAUUAAAAAAAAUCAUAAACCAAAAACCUACACGAAGAGCCUCUUCGUCCAUUAUUGGCGGAAGCCGGACAGAGGUUCGACGGGUUUAGGUUUGUAAGGGACGGGAACUUAGCGGGACGGGGGCUUUAGGGUCAAACUCUAGUAAUUCUUUCUGAUGUGGAAGAUCGGACUUAGCCGCAACCACAGAGCAUACUUAGAACGAGACUAGAGCGGAUAAAUUGAGGGAGAAAGAAGUGAAAUGUUUGUGGGGUGAGUUGAAAGUGAAAGGGGAAGGGGGUAUUUAUAGUUGGGGGAAGGGGGGAGGAGCUGAUGCGCAGUAAUUUUGGGGAAGCAUUCACCGCGUUUGAUGAACGCGGUGAAGGCCUCGCAUUCCCCAAAAACGGUUCCCCCGUCCACGUGGCGUGCUGUGAGGCGUCGGAUCGUGGGAAGAAAACCACGAUCCGCGCCUCACCGCAUCUAACGGCCACGGUGAAAGCACACUGGCGCGGAUCGCUGACGCAAACAAACACGGGGUAUUCACCGUGUUUGUCUAACGCGGUGAAUACCCCGUGUCUGUCCACGUCAGCGACUUCACCGCGGCCAACAAAAACGGUGAAGUCCUCACCGUUUCUGAUUAAAACUGUGAUUCUUUCACCGUUUCAGUUUAAAAUGGUGAUGCAUUCACCGUUUUAGACUAAGACGGUGAAGGCAUCACCGUUUUAAUUUAAAACGGUGAAGUUUUCACCGUGUUUAUUAAACGCGGUGAUAACCUUCACCGCCUUUGUCUAAAACGGUGAUGCUCAAACAUGUGUACUUUUGGAAAUUUUUUUAUAACUUAUGUAUUUUGGGAAUUUUUUUUAAUAACUAGUGUACAGUGGGAUUUUUCCCCCAAUAAUGACUAUACUUCCACAUAUAAACACAAUUUAUAUUUUGUAGAGAGUUACAUACCCCUGCAAAAAACAAUGUUGUUUUUUACCUAAUAACAACAUUGACGAAAUGUAAAAGCUGAAUACUUCAAUAAAACUCAACUCAUUGUAUCUUGCAGAGUCCUCAUUCAUGAACAUGAUUGACGCAUCAAUCCAAAUAUUUGUUGUUAAGAAAAUGACCAGGCUAUCAAACUUUAGAUAGGGAUUCAAUUAGGCCAAAAUUCACGCUAAGAAAACAAACAAAUGUCAUUGCAAACACACAGAAAUUGAAAGAACGUCGACAUGGACAACUUAGACCACCACCACCAUUUUCUUUCUUCUUUGCACCUUUAUAAAACCCCACAUGUGUUCCCUUCUACUUAUAACCCUCUGCUACAUACUACUUACUGACCAGAUCAUAAUUAUAUAGCUAGCUAGUAUCAUGCCACUCACGAACAUAAUCAAAGGAGAGAUAAUCUAAGUCCAAGCAAUAAACCCUUCCAUUUAUUUCUUACAUGUUUACAUAAAAGUAUACAAUAUAAUAGAGAACCAUAAAACAACUACCUACAAAACGAAGAAGAAAUACAUCCGCUGAAUUGAACUUGCAAAAUUUACCAUCCAUCCGUUGUAAUCUGAAAGAAAUUAAUAAACAAAUGAAAGAAGAGUUUAACUUGGUCAGUCAACCGCGAACAACCACAUAUCUCCAGGGAAAAGAGACCAAUUGUCAGCUGCAGAUCAAGGGGGGAAGAGGGAGCAAUAAGCAAUCCUCGACUUCGUUUGAUUCGUCUUUACAAUGAUAGGAUGAACUUUUUUGUCCAUAGGAAAACACAUGUUACAGUUGCUCAAUUGUUUCGCAUCUAAUCAUUUCCUCAUGUAACUGCAUCCUCAUAUUCUCCUACAAAGAGUAAAAACUCCAUAUGUCUUACUAUUUCCUUCUCUUUAUCUAUUUGCAAAAAAGCAGAGAAGAGAAAUGCUAGAAAUCUCAACAUUUUGAGCAAAUAAGAAGAGAGGUUUGUUUGUUUUUAUGGGGCUUGAUCCAAUUUCUUUAUUUUCUUAAUUUCAAUGUUAGACUUUAUUUUUAUAAAGAGAAUUUGUAUACGAAAAUGGAUAGGAACAAAUCAAACUGUUGCAUUACUUGUUAUUAACUUAAUUUCAAUUUUAAUGAUAAGGAUGGCAGUUUGAAGAGCAAACAAAAAAGUACAUAAGCAAAAAUUUAGAACUUGUCCAUUGUGGAAGGGUGAGAGCUAGCCAUGCGCUUAUAUGACACUAAUUUAGUUUUAAAUUCCUAUAAUAAUAAUUAAUGAUGAUUUAUAAUUUUUUGAAAUUUAUAUAAAUUUUAAAAAUUCAUACCAAUAUGUGAUAUUUCACAUACAUUUGAAUUCUUGGAUGUAUUGUAGACAAAUCUAUUGCAAAUACAAAUUGCUUACUGUUAAAAAAUAAAAUAUUUCAAUUUUG